UUACCAGUCUGGUUCAAUUCACAAGUUCAAUAACAGCUUCUUUGCCACCAGUUAAAUCCUCAUGUGCUGGAAUAAUAGACAAGAUAAGCCUCACCUUUAGAUCUCUUAAAAAUUCUUGAGAUAACAAAUUCAUUAAUUUGAUUUUAAGAGAUGGGGGUGGAUGAGGAAGUUUUCUUUGGCAUGUUCAAUACAAGGAAAACAGCAUUGGUGAAACAGUUGAUUGCCAUUGCUAUGAUGGCUAUGUUUGUUGCAGAUGCAGCUGAUACAAAUGAUGUUUAUAGUCCAUGUCUUGAUGCUAAAGUUCAGAAAGGAGAUGGUUUUACCUUCGGCAUUGCGUUUUCUAGCAAGCAAUCUUUCAAUCCGGAUAAUGGUCCACAGCUUUCGCCUUGUGACUCUCGUCUUGACCUUCCAAACAAAGGAGCACAACUUUCUGUGUUUAGGCCGAUGGUCGAUGAAAUCUCCCUACUUACAAUUAACAGGAGCACCUUAGACCUGGCCACAUCUGGUGGAUAUAUGGUGGCAUUUGCUGGACAGAAAUAUGCAGCAAGAUCAUUACCAAUUAUGUUUGCCGACAACAGUCACACGAUAAUCAGUUUCACUUUGGUUCUUGAAUUUCAAGAGGGAACCCUUCAAAACUUGUUCUGGAAGAGUUUCGGCUGUGAUUCAUGUUCGGGUGGAAGCAUUUGCCUAAAUAAUCAAGACUGUGCAACGCCAAACACAGAGUGCCAAAAGAAUGGCGAGCCAGGUUGCAAUAUCAGCAUACAAUUGACAUUCUCAGGGACUGACAGGAAUCUCGAUGCUUUAAAUUCUUGGUAUGAAGUGAAAAAUCUACGGCAGUACUCCCUCACCGGUCUAUUCUCCGACAUUCGUGAUUCUAUUAUAUGACCAUAUGACAAGUUUUUCUAAGUUUCCAGUUUAUAUACAUACGAGACUAUAAAGAUAUUCAAAGUCUGCAAUAUAUCACUCUGUGUAGUUUUGUAUAACAGCAAAAUCGGGAUGAAUAAUCUAAUGAUGAGUUUCUUACGCAUUUUCCUCUAAGUUCCAUGUAGGAAUAUUCCAUCUUUAUUUUAACGAGCUCAUCAAACUGACUAAUAAAAUAACUCUUUAAGCUGCAUAUCAUUGUGUGAGACAAAUCUUGUUGCCCUGUUAACCAUCGAUCUGGUUACCUUCAUUGUUUUUAGGCUCAAUUAUAACAUCGAAGCCAAAUUGUUUUCCUGCUGUGAAUGAUUUUCUGAGUUCUU